CAGGCAGAGAGGGAGUCACCAUGGAAGUGGUCACAGCACGAGAACUCAUCAACCCCACAGGCCUCCCCAUUCUCCUCCUCGUUGCCGGCCUCACCGUUUUCUUUGUGCUGCGCCGCCGCAGCAGUGGCGGGCUUCGGCUCCCUCCGAGCCCGUUCGCUCUGCCCGUCCUGGGCCACCUGCACCUCCUGGCCCCGCUCCCGCACCAGGCGCUGCACCGCCUGGCAGCCCGCCACGGCCCGCUCUUGUACCUCCGCCUCGGCUCCAUGCCGGCCAUCGCCGCCUGCUCCCCGGACGCCGCCCGCGAGGUGCUCAAGACCCACGAGGCCGCGUUCCUGGACCGCCCCAAGCCCACGGCGGUGCACCGCCUGACGUACGGCGGGCAGGACUUCUCCUUCUCGCCGUACGGGCCCUACUGGCGCUUCAUGAAGCGCGCGUGCGUGCACGAGCUCCUUGCCGGGCGCACGCUGGAGCGGCUCCGCCACGUCCGCCGCGAGGAGGUGUCCCGCCUCGUGGGCUCCCUGUCCCGGAGCGCGUGCGACGGCGCGGCCGUCGACGUGGACGCCGUGCUCAUGGGCGUCACGGGCGACAUCAUCUCGCGGAUGGUGAUGAGCCGGCGGUGGACCGGGGACGACAGCACCACCGAGGAGAUGAGGAGCCUGGUCGCCGAGACCGCCGAGCUGACGGGCACGUUCAACCUGCAGGACUACAUCGGCAUGUUCAAACAUUGGGACGUGCAGGGCCUGGGCAAGCGCAUCGACGCGGUGCACCGCAAGUUCGACGCCAUGAUGGAGCGGAUACUGACGGCGAGGGAUGCCGAGAGGCGGUGCCGGCGGAAGGCGUCUGCGGACGGCGCCGGCGAGGGGGACAAGAAGGACCUGCUUGACAUGCUCUUUGACAUGCACGAGGACGAAGGUGCCGAGAUGCGGCUCACAAGAGAUAACAUCAAGGCCUUCAUGCUGGACAUCUUCGCGGCCGGCACGGACACGACGACGAUCACGCUGGAAUGGGCGCUGUCGGAGUUGAUCAACAACCCAGCCGUCCUCCGCCGGGCGCAGGCGGAGCUGGACGCCGCCGUGGGCGCGUCCCGGCUCGCCGACGAGUCGGACAUCCCACGGCUCCCCUACCUGCAGGCCAUCGCGAAGGAGACCCUGCGGCUGCACCCGACGGGCCCGCUGGUGGUGCGACGCUCCAUGGCGCCCUGCAAUGUGUCCGGCUACGACGUGCCGGCCGGCGCGACGGUGUUCGUGAACGUGUGGGCGAUCGGGCGCGACCCGGCGUCCUGGGCGCCGGACCCGCUGGCGUUCCGGCCGGAGCGGUUCCUGGAGGAGGAAGGGGGAGGAGAGAGCGCGGGGCUGGACGUGCGCGGGCAGCACUUCCACCUGCUGCCGUUUGGGUCCGGGCGGCGGAUAUGCCCCGGCGCGUCGCUGGCCAUGCUCGUGGUUCAGGCGGCGCUGGCGGCCAUGCUGCAGUGCUUCGAGUGGACGCCCGUCGGCGGCGCGCCCGUAGACAUGGAGGAGGGUCCCGGGCUCACGCUGCCGCGGAAGCGCCCGCUCGUCUGCACCGUCAAGGCCAGGCUUCACCCGCUGCCGGUUCCCGCCGCCGCCGCUAAUAACGGCGUGGAAGAAACUGCGGGCGUGUGAUGUAAACGUGGCUGACUGGCUGCGGCUUUCGUCCGUCAGGUGCUGAGCUCGAUUUACUACUACGCGUCGCUUGUUAACCUGUAAGCAAGCAAAGUUUCUGCUGUUUCAUUGAUCUCGUGUGCUCCAGAACAAACUUAUUGAUCAUAAAUUUUAUUCCAAUGGCCUUGCUAGAAAAA